UUGCGAAUAUGCAACAACAUACUUAACUAACAAGUAUGGCAGCUAUGAGUGUUGCAUGCGGCGACUUUUUAGAGUUUCAGGAUGCAUUGCAGAAAAUGCGACAACUUGAUGACAAAAUUAUAUAUAUGUUGAAUACAACAAUUCCAACAGAAUCUUUUAAAAGUCAAAUGGACCCUUCUGCCAAAUGUAAGGAUUUAUUUGAACAAAUUCAGACAGGUCAUAGAAAAAGAGAACAGGCUAUUUCAAGAUGUUUAAGUGCCUCAAAAGAAAAAGUAAAGCAAUUAAGAAACCAACGAGAUAAUGGUGAUAAUAGUCCUCAGCUUCUUAAAACGUUACGAAAAGAACAAAAUACUAUGAGACUAUUGCAAUCAGAAUUAAGUGUAGAAGAUGUUGUAAAGAAUCGUACAAACCAAGUAUACUAUGAAAGGUGCCGGAGUUUUUAUAAACCAUCAAUUAUAGAUCCAUAAUAUUCUAUUACUAUGGAUUCCAUAAAUAUUAUUCAGAGUGCGCAAUUAUUUACAUAGUUAUACCAUAUUUACAUGGUUAUAAUCCUAACUGCAUUUCAAGCUGUGUCGAUUAUUAUAA